GGCAGAGCCCGGCCCGACCAGACCACCGCCAUCAUCACCGCCUCCACCACCACCAUCCUCCCCUUCCUCUCCCUCCCCUCUCUUCCGCAGCCCACUCCUCAUGUCGUCCACCACCACCACCACCUCCUCUUCCUCCUCCGCCUCCAUCACCAAGCCACUCAUCAUGACCUUCACCAGUGCGCCACCACCUUUCCCGCCUCAUUUUACCACCCCCUCCUCCUCACACCGCCACCGGCACCACCAUCUCCCACUCCUCCGCCAUGGCCGCCACCGGCACCUCCUCACCGUCGCAGCUCCCGCUCCACGGCGGGCUCCUGCUCCUCCUACCUCUUCUGACCAUCACGACCGCCGCGUCGUCGGCGCCGCUGCCCCUCCUCGCGCUGCUAUCCCUGAAAUCCUCGCUGCGCGACCCGGCCGGCACGCUCCGCCCGUGGACGUACGCCUCCGCGGCGUCCGCGGGGGCCACGCGGUCGCUGGCGCCUCCCUGGUGCACGUGGCCGGGCGUGUCCUGCGACGCCGCCACGGGGGACAUCGUCGGGAUCGACCUCUCCCGGCGUAACCUCUCCGGCACCGUCCCGGCCACGGCGGCAAGGCUGCUGGCGCCGACGCUGACAUCCCUCAACCUCAGCGCGAACGCCUUCUCCGGGGAGUUGCCCACGGCUCUCUUCCAGCUACGGCGGCUCGAGGAGCUCGACGUCAGCCACAACUUCUUCAACGGCACGUUCCCCGACGGCAUCGCGGAGCUCGCCGCGCUCACGGUGCUCGAAGCCUUCAGCAACUGCUUCGUCGGCGCGCUCCCCCGCGGCCUCGGCGUGCUCCGGCGGCUCGAGCGGCUCAACCUCGGCGGCAGCUACUUCAAUGGUAGCAUCCCUAGCGAGAUCGGCCAGCUCCGGCGCCUGCGGUUCCUGCACCUCGCCGGGAACGCGCUCACGGGGCGGCUGCCGGCGGAGCUCGGCGAGCUCGGGUCGCUCGAGCACCUGGAGAUUGGGUACAACGCCUACGACGGUGGCAUCCCGGCGGCGCUCGGCAACCUGACGCAGCUCCUGUAUCUCGACAUCGCCGUGGCCAACGUCGCCGGCCCGCUGCCGCCGGAGCUCGGCGAGCUCGCGCGGCUGGAAUCGCUGUUCCUGUUCAAGAACCGACUCGCCGGCGCGAUCCCGCCGCGGUGGUCUCGCCUCCGCGCGCUGCAGGUCCUCGACCUCUCCGACAACAUGCUCGUCGGCGCCAUUCCCGGUGGGCUCGGCGAGCUUGCCAACCUCACCACGCUGAACCUCAUGAGCAACUCCCUCUCCGGUGAGAUCCCGGCGGCGAUCGGCGAGCUGCCGAGCCUCGAGGUGCUGCAGCUCUGGAACAACUCGCUCACCGGCCGGCUGCCGGCAUCGCUCGGAGCGAGCGGGCGGCUCGUCCGCGUCGACAUGUCGACCAACUCCCUCUCCGGCCCGAUCCCUGCCGGGAUGUGCUCCGGCAACCGUCUCGCUCGCCUCAUCCUCUUCGGCAACCGUUUCGACUCGGCGAUCCCGGCGAGCCUCGCCGGCUGCUCGUCGCUUUGGCGAGUCCGGCUCGAGUCGAACCGCCUCUCCGGCGUGAUUCCGAUGGGCUUCGGUGCCAUCCGCAACCUGACGUACCUGGACCUGAGCUCCAACUCGCUCACCGGCGGCGUUCCAGCUGAUCUCGUGGCUUCGCCGAGCCUCGAGUACCUGAACAUCUCCGGCAACCCGGUCGGCGGCGCGCUCCCGAACGUGUCGUGGCAGGCGCCGAAGCUGCAAGUCUUCGCAGCGAGCAAGUGCGCGCUGGACGGUGAGGUCCCUGCGUUCGGCGCCGCCGGGUGUUCAAACCUGUACAGGCUGGAGUUGGCCGGGAAUAAUCUCACAGGCGCGAUCCCCAAUGAUAUUGGCGUCUGCAAGCGGCUGGUGAGCUUGAGGCUGCAGCACAACCAGCUCGCCGGCGAGAUCCCUGCGGCGCUCGCCGCCCUGCCGUCUAUCACCGAGGUCGACCUGUCCUGGAACGCGCUCACCGGCGCCGUCCCGCCGGGGUUCGCCAACUGCACCACGUUGGAGACCUUCGACGUGUCCUUCAACCAUCUAGCGCCAGCCGACUCGACGUCGGCGUCACCCGGCAACGGCGACGGCGAGGGCAGUUCCGCCCGGCACACCGCGGCGAUGUGGGUUUCCGCCGCGGCGGUGGCGCUCGCCGGGAUGGCGGUGCUCGCCUUCACCGCUCGCUGGCUCCAGUGGCGGGACGGCGCCGCCGCCGCGACGGACGGCGGUGGCGCGGGCGGUGCAGCGCGGCCCAACGUCGUCGUCGGGCCGUGGCGGAUGACGGCGUUCCAGAAGCUCGGCUUCACCGCCGACGACGUGGUGCGGUGCGUCGAGGGGAGCGAGGGCAUCGUCGGCGCCGGGUCGUCGGGGACGGUGUACCGGGCAAAGAUGCCUGAUGGCGAGGUCAUCGCGGUGAAGAAGCUGUGGCAACCAGCGGCGCAAAAGGAGGUGGCAGCUCCAGAGCCGAAGCGGAACGACACCGACGGCGAGGACAAGAGGAUGCUCGCCGAGGUGGAGGUGCUGGGCCACCUCCGGCACCGGAACAUCGUCCGGCUUCUUGGGUGGUGCACCAACGGCGAGGCGACGCUGCUGCUGUACGAGUACAUGCCCAACGGCAGCCUCGACGACCUCCUCCACGGCGCCGGCGCCGCAGCCGCGGGGAGGGCGCCAGCCAAGACUAAGGCGGCGGCGCGUCUAGGAUGGGACGCGCGGCACAGGAUCGCCGUCGGCGUGGCGCAGGGCGUGAGCUACCUCCACCACGACUGCCGGCCGGCCGUCGCGCACCGCGACCUCAAGCCCAGCAACAUCCUCCUCGACGCCGACAUGGAGCCACGCGUCGCCGACUUCGGCGUCGCCAAGGCCCUCCGCGGCGCCGGCGCGCCAAUGUCCGCCGUCGCCGGCUCCUGCGGCUACAUCGCCCCAGAGUACACGUACACUCUGCGAGUGGACGAGAAGAGCGACGUGUACAGUUUCGGGGUGGUGCUGCUCGAGAUCCUGACGGGGCGGCGGCCGGUGGAGGCGGAGUACGGCGAGGGGAGCAACAUCGUGGACUGGGUGAGGCGGAAGGUCGCCGGCGGCGGCGGCGGGGCGCGCGAGGUGGUGGACGCGGCGGCGUGGGCGGCGGACCAGGGCGGCGAGGCGCGGGAGGAGAUGGCGCUGGCGCUGCGGGUGGCGAUGCUGUGCACGAGCCGGAGCCCGCAGGAGCGGCCGUCGAUGAGGGACGUCGUGUCCAUGCUGCAGGAGGCCAGGCGGGGGCGGAAGCUCGUGGCCAAGAAGACAGCGCAACCAAAGAUGAAUUAGCUAGCGGCGAAGACGUGUGUAUUGUUACUCACUAAACUACGUAUGUACUUUGUCAUGUAAAAUGUCUCCCACUGCAUGAUGACUAACCUUUUAAGUCAGAUAAGCAUAGCGUGUGUCUAGGUAGAUUGUAUGUGUAUCUACGUAUUUUGAAAAAAAAGCAACUUGAAAACAAUA